AUGCAACUAUUAAAUUUCAAAAAACCAGUAAACCUAAACGACUACACUUUAAUAAUACCGAGUGUCUCUGUAGGAAAUGUUCCACAACUGACCAUUGAUCUUCUAAUAACGACACUGAAUUUGGAAAACGUAGCCACUAUUUGGCAUCCAGGACUCCGGGCAUCUGUUGGAGCCGACCCUUUUCACUCCAACGAAAAAACAAUUUGCACUGCCAGCGAAUUGUACAUUAGCGAAGCAAAUAAACUAGCCGUAAUCCAGAUCCGCUCCACUAUCGAAACCAAAUUUGUACUCAAAUUUUUAACAGAUCUAUUGAGUUCUGUUAAACAACUUGGCUUUAAGAGAUUGUUCGUAUUGGGGACAGGAUUUGAUUAUGAACUACAUAAUAUAGCUGACAGGAAUAUGUUUUAUUUUAUUACAAAUAAAGAAAAUCUGGAUCAAAUACAAUCUACAAAGCGUUUAGAACCGAAUUCUAAUGGGAAAUUUGUGGUGCAUGGGGCAGGAUACGCAACUACUUUGUAUGGACUAAUAGGCAAUCAAAUUGAAUCAGUUUUAUUGGUUAAAUAUGUGUCGGAAGGUGAAAAUAUAAUUGAUGCGAAACAUUUCCUUGGAAAAUUGUUGGAGUUUCUCAAACUGGAAACUACUCACAAACAACUGGCAUAUCCAGCUUCUUGGCAUUAUGUUUAUGGUGCUCCACCUCCUUCAGGAAUAUUUUAA